AUGCAGCGCCGGGCGACGACGGCUUACCGCCUCCCGCUCUAUCCGUGGCAGGUCGAGGCCAUCUUCCACGGGCUCAAGCAGGCAAAGUGCCGCGUCGUGUGGGGCCUGAAGGAGGCGGCGCAGGCCCACCUGCCCUCGAGCACCGACCCCGACUUUUACAUCUCCAAGUGGAUCCCACAGGCCGCGCUUCUGCAGGACAGUACGCUCGAGUGCGUGGUCGCGUCCAAGCCAAUCGUCGCGAUCCCAUUCUUUGGCGACCAGCCGGAAAAUGCAAACUUGCUCGUCGGCGCCGGUGCGGGAGAGUACAUUGGCAAGGUCCCGGCCGGCGGCAUGGACAUGAACCCUUACAAGGAGGGCGACUUCACGGCCAAGACCGUUGCCACCGCCGUCGCCAAGAUUAUGGCCAACCCCGACUAUACCAAGGCGGUCGCGAAAAUGGCCAAGUCGUCACGCGCGAGCGGCGGUGCGGAGGCGGCGGCGCAGCAGAUCGAGUGGGCAGCCCGCUUCGGCACGUGCCAGCUGCACUACCCGCUCAAGCGGACCAACCCGCUGAGCGGCCUCCUCCUCGCCGCCGCCGGCUUUGCGGCGCUGGUGGGGUACAGGCUCGUGAGGAAGUGA